ACCCUGGGGACGCGGCGCCCACGCUGGGCCCCAGCCUGCCUGGAGGUCCGGCCUCGCCUAUGCUCGGCCAGCGCUGCGGCGCCCGGUUCUCCAAGGGACGUGAACUCCGCACGCGCGGAAGCUCCGCUCCUGGCGCCUCUCGCGCCCCCUGGUGGCCGCCGGCGGGACCGCCCAGGGCCCGUCCUCCGACCGCGCGGCGCAGGCUCACGCGACCUCCAAGUCUCAGGCCCCAGGCCCCAGGCCCCAGGCCGGCGGCUCCAGCGCGGACACCGGCGCGAGUCGCGGCUCCCUCCGCCAUGAAGCGGGGGCUCAUCGUGGGCGCCGGGCUGACAGGAAGUCUGUGCGCCGCGCUGCUGAGAAAGGAGGUGUCCGGCCCUCUCUACCUCGCCGUGUGGGACAUGGCGGGGCAGCCAGGGGGGAGAAUGAGCACGGCCCGCUGCCCUCAGGACCCGCGCUGCACCGCCGACUUGGGCGCCCAGUACGUGACCCGCACGCCUCAGUACGCCACAAGACACCAAACUUUUUAUGAUGAACUGUUAGCUCAUGGUAUUUUGAAGCCUCUGGUCUCUCCUAUUGAAGGAAUGGUAAUGAAAGAAGGAGACUGUAACUUUGUGGCCCCUCAAGGAAUUUCUUCAGUUGUUAAGCACUACCUGAAACAAUCAGGUGCAGAAGUCUCCUUCAGACAUUGUGUGACUCAGAUCAACCUGAGAAAUGGCAAAUGGGAAGUCUUCAAGGAAACGGGCUCCCCGGAGCAGUUUGAUUUUGUUGUUCUCACAAUGCCAGUUCCUCAGAUUCUGCAGCUUCAAGGGGACUUUGUAAACUUAAUUAGUGAAUACCAAAGACAGCAACUGGAGUCUGUGAGCUACUCCUCUCGCUAUGCUCUGGGCCUCUUUUAUGAAGCUGGCAUGAAGAUUGAUGUCCCUUGGGCUGGGCAGUACAUCACCAGUAAUCCCUGCAUACGCUUCGUCUCCAUUGAUAAUAAGAAGCGCAAUAUAGAGUCUUCAGAAAUCGGGCCUUCCCUGGUGGUUCAUACCACAGUACCAUUUGGAGUGACAUACUUGGAACACAGCAUUGAGCAUGUACAGGAGUUAAUCCUUCAGCAGUUGGAAAACAUUUUACCAGGUUUGCCUCCACCAGUUGCUACCACAUGCUACAAAUGGAGACAUUCACAGGUCACAAGUGGUACAACCAGCUGCUCUGGCCAGAUGACUCUUCACCGCAAACCUUUUCUCGUGUGUGGAGGGGAUGGAUUCGCUCAGUCCAACUUUGAUGGCUGUAUCACUUCUGCCCUAUGCCUUCUGGAAGCUUUAAGGAAUCAUAUUUAUACCUGAAUUCUUAUUUUUCACAUUUGCUUUUGAUUCAAAUUUUUCUGUUACUGAUUGUUUUAUUUUCUAGUUUGUUGAGAGAAAUUACUGGAAAAGUUGUUCAUCUGUCAUCUUUAAUAUGGAGAAUAAAAUCAAUCUUAUAAUUUGAUAGUUAAACUCCACAUAAGAAUAAAAAUUUCUUUCACCUUGUCCCUUUCCUUGCUUUUCUGAAUUGCCAGUCUUUAUUGGAGAAAAAGUAGUGUGAACAAUAAGAAAUAGGCUGCCCCAAAAAUUAAAUUAAAAUCAAAAGCAGCAGUUCAUUAUUUAUC